AUACCCUCCUCAUCAGUGACUUAGCAAUAAGUGAUUUGUGUUUCAAAUGGAAAGGCCCUUGUUUAAGUUUUCAUUAUGGGUACUUCUUGUUAUAAUUUUCGUUCAAAUGAAUGGAUGCAGAGCUUGCUUGGAAAAAGAGAGGAUAGGUUUGCUGGAGUUCAAGGCUUUCCUAAAAUCAAACUGUGAGCUUGAUGAUGAUCUUGAUUCAUGGGUUGAAGAUAGAAUGAGCAACUGUUGUGGUUGGGAUAGAGUUAAGUGCAAUACCACCUCCCGGCGUGUCGUUGAUCUUUCCCUCGAUGCGGUCAUAUUUCCAUAUCAUAAAAUUUGUAGUCUAAAUCUCUCCAUGUUUUAUCCUUUUGAAGAACUGCUCGGCCUUGAUUUAUCUGAUAAUUGGUUUUAUGGUUGGAUUCACCCAGCAGCAUUCGCUAAUCUGAAGUUUUUGAAAACAUUGGAUAUGAGUUCUAAUUAUUUCAAUGGCAGCAUCUCAAUGGAAGCAUUCGCUAACCUGAAGCUUUUGGAAACAUUGGAUAUAAGUUAUAAUGAUUUCAGUGGCAGCAUCUUAAUGGGAGGAUUAACUAAUCUGAAAAACUUGAAAGCAUUGGAUAUAAGUCAUAAUCUAUUCGAAGGAAUCCUCUCAAUGGAAGCAUUCGCUAAUCUGAAGUUUUUGAAAACAUUGGAUAUGAGUGAUAAUUAUUUCAAUGGCAGCAUCUCAAUGGAAGCAUUCGCUAAUCUGAAGUUUUUGAAAACAUUGGAUAUGAGUGAUAAUUAUUUCGAUGGCAGCAUCUCAAUGGAAGCAUUCGCUAAUAUGAAGUUUUUGGAAACACUGGAUAUAAGUCGUAAUGAUUUCAAUGGCAGCAUCUCAAUGGGAGGAUUCUGUGGAUUGAAAAGCCUCGUUAAGUUGGGUCUUAGUAACAAUCACUUCUCUGGUCCACUUCCUCAAUGUCUUGGCAACUUAAGCAACCUCCGAUAUCUUGAUCUCUCAUCCAAUAAGUUCAGUGGCAACAUGCAAUCAGUUGUUUCUAAACUGACAUCCAUUAAGCGCUUGUUACUUUCUGGCAAUAAGUUUGAAGGCUUAUUCUCAUUUAGUGUUUUGGCUAACCACUCAAAGCUUGAGAUGUUUCAACUUUCAUCAGGAGGUAGUAAGCUAGAAGUGGAAACAGAAAAUCCUACAUGGUUUCCUACAUUUCAAUUGAAGAUCUUUCACAUGUCAGAGUGCCACUUAAAUGUGAGAACAAGAAAAAUUCCUAGUUUCUUGCUCUACCAGCAUGGCAUGCUAUCAAUUGAUCUCUCUCAUAGUAAGCUGGUUGGAGAAUUCCCCAGUUGGAUCUUACAAAAUAACUCAAGGUUACAAGUUAUGAAUUUGAUGAACAACUCAUUGAGGGGAACUUUUCAGCUACCAAAUUUCAAUCAUAAUUUGGUCAAGUUAGAAAUUUCGAACAAUAACAUCACGGGUCAGCUCCCUAAGGAAUUUGGUUUGGUCCUCUCAAAUCUAGUGUAUAUAAACAUUUCAAGGAACAGUUUUCAUGGUAUUGUUCCUUUCUCAAUUGGUGAGGUAAGGGGUCUACUUUUAAUGGAUUUAUCCAAUAAUAAUUUCUCAGGAGCGUUGCCAGGAAGUAUGCUUGGGAAUUGUACCGAUUUAAAUGCUCUGUAUCUAUCAAACAACAACUUCAGUGGAAUGAUAGGUGUGGACAUCAACGCCGACCCAUCUGUUAUAGACAUAUCAAAUAACAAACUGUCAGGUACAAUUCCAAUACAAUUAUGCAAUGUGAGCAGACUUGUAAUUUUAGACCUCUCAGAAAAUUGUUUAUCUGGGUCUAUGCCUUCUUGUUUCGAUUCUUCGUCUUUGAGGUUCUUGUUUCUACAAAAGAAUAGUCUAAGUGGCUCUAUACCUUAUGUGCUUCCUAGAAAUCCAAAUUUAAUGGCACUUGACCUGAGAGAUAAUAAGUUUACUGGGAAUAUUCCAUCUUGGAUCAAUCAGCUUUCACAAUUGCGUGUGCUUUCAUUAGCAGGGAAUGCAUUACAAGGUCAUAUUCCUAAUCAGUUGUGUCAAUUGAGAGAUGUGCAUAUAAUGGAUCUUUCACGCAAUGCACUUUUUGGCUCCAUACCUUCAUGCUUUAAUAAUAUGUCAUUUUCGAAAAAUGCAUCUUUUGGAGAUUUGGAAGACCAUAAUUUUUCGGUUCCAUUUCGAAGUUUGGAGGUCGCCGUGUUUCCGUACAUUUUCUCUCUUGGAUUGGAUGUGACGGAUUUUUUUCAUUGGUCUCAUUCACCAUUUGUAAAAGUGGAAUUUGCAAUGAAGUAUAGGUAUAAUAUCUACAAGGGUGACAUCAUCAACUUGGUGGCUGGAAUCGAUUUGUCAUGCAAUGAUUUAACUGGUCACAUUCCUCAAGAAAUUGGAGACCUUCAUGAAAUUCUAUCAUUGAACUUGUCUCACAAUCACUUAUCAGGAUUUAUACCAGUUAGUUUUUCAAAUUUAAAGAGCUUAGAGAGUCUAGAUCUUAGCUACAACAAUUUAAGUGGUGAAAUCCCUAAUCAACUAGUUGAGUUGAAUUUUUUGGAAAUUUUUGAUGUUUCAUACAACAAUUUGUCAGGUAAAAUUCUUGAUAAAGGACAAUUUGAGACCUUCGUUGAAAGCAGUUACAGAGGUAAUCCUGGUCUUUGCGGACCAACCAUUUAUAGGAGCUGCAAUGCUAGUCAAGUUCUAGCAACACCGCUAUCAAAUGAUACAAAAUUAGAAGAAGAAGAUGGAGAUGGUAUUGACAUGGUGUGGUUCUAUUGGAGUUUCAGUGCAUCCUAUGUCACAAUCCUAUUCAUAUUGAUAGUAAUUCUCUGCAUCAACAGGCAUUGGCGCAUGUAUUGGUUUUACUUGGUUGAUGCCUGUAUUUAUUUUAUUUCCAUUCGGCUUUUUGGAACUGAUUGUCUAUGCGUGUAGGGUGAUGCUAGGGCUUGAAGAAAAGGAGGGAUACAUGUGUCAAUUUUUGCAUAUGCUCAACCAUUAAUUGUUGAGUUUCUCUGUUUCAGGUGUAUUAAUAAUGCCUAAAAUGUUCCUCUGUAUUAGGCUUGUCAUGCACUCUUGUGAUAAAUGGAUUUUCCAUUUUUUUAUAA